AUGCGUAGUGCAAAAAGGACGACGGACGGGGUAGCUCGUCCUUAUUUUCUCCAGCUUUCUCUUAUUUCAUCUCUCUUGUCAUCCAGAAUGAACUAUUCAAGAUUUUUAACAAAAUUAUCUCAGAAUCGGCAGCCUUCUUUGAUACGUGAAUUAACGAACUUGCUAACCGAUGCAUCACCGGAGUUGGUCUUCAUGGCGGGGGGAUUGCCAAACCCUCAGAUGUUCCCCUUUCAAGCUGCUUCUAUAACCAUGAAGGACGGCCGAGCGAUUACAAUUCAUCCAAAGCUUAUGACAGACUGUCUGCAGUAUGGCCCAACAGCUGGGUAUCCACCAUUGGUUAAGAAGCUGAAGUCCUUAACAGAAAGACUCCAUGCGCCACCACGAUGGGCUGAUACGGAUCUCAUUGUCACAGCAGGGAGCCAGGAUGGUUUGUGCAAGGCACUUGAAAUGAUGAUUGAGCCGGGGGAUUUUGUUGUGACCCAAGAACCAUGCUACACCGGUACUCUAUCCAUUCUAAACCCUUUUGAACCACGUUAUGUAGCAGUGAAGUGUGAUCAUGAAGGCAUGAAUCCUAAAGCCUUAAAAGAGGCGUUGUCCCAGUGGAAACCAGAAGAAAUUAGAGAUGUCAAGACAGGAGUUCCAAAAGUACUGUACAUCAACCCAAAUGCAUGCAACCCAACUGGAGUAUCUGUAGGCGAGAAACGACGUAGGGAAAUAUAUGACAUUGCUUCGGAAUACAAUCUUAUAAUUCUUGAAGAUGAUCCAUACUACUUUGUACAGUUUGGAAACUUAAAGGACUUCCCUCCCAGUUUUCUCAGUAUGGAUACAGAAGGAAGAGUUUUAAGGUUUGAUUCCUUCUCCAAAGUACUGAGCUCAGGACUUCGACUGGGCUAUGUAACUGGGCCAAAGCCGCUUGUCGAGAGGAUUGUUUUACACAAGCAAGUUUCGAUUCUACAUGCAUCUUCCAUGUCACAGGUGCUAAUUAGUGAGCUUUUUGAAAUGUGGGGAGAGGAUGGGUUCCUGAAACAUACAGAAGCAGUUCAAGAGUUUUACUUGAAGCAGAGAGAAGCCAUGUUGGAAGCAGCAGAAAAACACCUUACAGGUCUAUGUGAAUGGGCUGUUCCAACAGGUGGAAUGUUCCUCUGGCUCAAGGUACCUGGUGUGAGUGAAACAUGGGAAAUGAUCCUGAAUAGAGCUUUGAAAAAGGAUGUUAUUCUUGUACCCGGCAGGGCAUUCAUGUGUGAUCCUACCACACCUUGUUCAUAUAUGAGAGCUGCAUUUUCCAUUGUCACUCCAGAGAAGAUGGAGAAGGGUCUAAAGAAUUUGUCUGACUUGAUACGAGAAGAACUCGAACUUCAGAAAGCUUAAGUGAAAGAUUUCAACUUCAAGACCAAGUUGAACUCUUAUUCAGAGGAUGGUGUUCUGUCAAACAAUGAGUACAGAUUUUGCAUUGUCUUAUAAUUUAGAUUCUUGUUUUAUAAAUAAAGAACAAAAGGAAAUUUCUGCCAUUGCUUACUGCAUAAUCAUUCUUGAUGUUGACAUUUGUAUGAAAUAUGUAACCAUCAAAAUAAGUAUUGAGCAGUUCUUUGUGAAUGUUGUAAAUUGAUAAUUGUUUAUAAUCAUCUUCAGUAAAUCUGUCUUUACAGUACUAAAGUCCAAGUGCUAAGUGUGAUUCUUGAAAUCUUAAUGUGGUGUUGCUAUAGAAUAUCAUAUCCUUGCAUACAUUUAAAGGUAAGAUGAUCAGAAUAUGUUUUAUUUUAGAUACUUGAUAUUUAUUGUGUUAUAAAUGUAGAUAUGAAACAAUGAAGAACAAGGAGAAAAAAGGAUUAAGAAUAGCAUUAGAAGCAGAUGCAGGAGUAGUAGUAGCAUUACUAUUAGUAGUAUUGGUAGUAUUAUUAGUAGUAGUGAUAGUAGUAGUGAUAGUAUUAGUGUUAGUAGUAGUGAUAGUAGGUGUUAGUAGUAGUAGUAGUAGUAAGAGAAGAGGUGGAGAACAAGAACAAGAAAAAGAACAAGAACAAGGAAGUAGACAAAUAAGAAAUAACCAUCAUUUUCAGUGACAUGAUUAAUAUGAUAUUUACAAAGACGAAGUAACAGUCAAUUUGAACUUGGAAUCUCCUCUACUUUUAGAACUGGAAUCUACCAGUGACUCUAAACAUAAAGUUACUGAGAUUUCUGAAAAGAGAUUAUGGUUUCAGAAUUUACAAUCAUAAAGGUAACUUGUUCAUGCUAUACACUUUUCAUGCUGUCUUUCUUGCACCUUACAAGAAGUCCAUUACAGCUUUGCAGUGAUGUAUAAGUAGACGUAUAAGACUUUAGCUUUGAAAAGGAAAGACUAAAUUGACUUUUUUUUUAUUUUUUUUAUUUUUUUUAUAUUUUUUAUUUUUUAUUUUUUUAUUUUUUUAUUACAGCUAUUAGGUUUGAUCAUUGUAUAUUAUUUAUGAUUUUUUUGUAGUUAUCAAUGUUGUGAUGUAAUUAUUUUUUCUUCCUUUUUAUGAGAAGCCAUAUAUUUAGUGUUAAAGCCAGUCAGCAUCUUAUAAUUUAGUAGAUGUCCCAAGAGAAAAAAAGGUGCUGAUAAGCCUGGGCUGAAUGACCAGGUAAAGAUGUAUUUUAUAGUGCCACAUGAAAAAUAUUGCUACCUAUUUUUUGUUUUAAUUGUUAAAUUGACUUAAUCUUGUCAGCACAUUUCAUCCAGCCUUGUGAAUUAUUUCAUUAAAAUUUUCUUAAGAAGAUGAAAAGAAAUGCAUAAACAUGGGUUGUUUUUUUAUAGAUAAGUAGACCUUUUGUGCUUUUCUCUAGAAGUACUUUGUGUAUUGAUGAAUUAUUAUGCACUUCGUGUCUUCACUGAUAUAUAUCUUUCUAGUCUUCAGUGCUCAAGGCAGAUAAACUCUGUGUGUCUUCUGUUAUAAGUUGUUACCAUUUCAAAAAUUACAUUUCAUACCGUUGGUUUUAACGGAAAAAAGUGCCUCCAUAAUCAGCUUCUCUUUUUUAACAGGCUGCUUAAAAUGUAUUACCUCAAUGUAAGUACAAAACUAUUGAUGCUUUUUACUUCAUGACCAUUCAUUUGCAUCAGGUUUUACAUCAGUGGAAAUUAUAUGAUUUGAUAUUUCAGAAAAUAAAAGUUUAUGUAGUUCAACUGGCUGCUAACUAUCAGUGCCAUUUACCAUACUGUUGGUUAUCAAGUAGCAUUGUUUUACAUACUAUGAAUAAAAUGAAAAUUAUUGUGCA